AGCUGAAUCUUUUGCGGAGCUAAAAAUAAUCAACUUUUUCCCUCUCCAACUCUCACCGUAUUUUGUUUCUGUUCCUCUCCCUCCUUUCUUCCUUUCUUUCCUUUGUCUGUUUUCCUUGUGUUUGUUUUUAUUUACAUUUUUUUUUAAAUUCAAGCAUUCUGAAUGAGACGGUGUUGAUAAGGAUUAUUACUUUACUCUGAGACUGACUCAGGACUCAUAUGGAGCAGUUGGAUGGUGGCAGGGCCUUGUCAUUUUGUGGCAACAAAAGCAACGCCUACAGUGUGACAAAGGGCGUACUGAACAAUCCCUGCUUCGUGGAUGCUCUCAACCUGGUUCCUCAUGUCUUCCUGCUCUUCAUCACCUUCCCCAUCCUCUUCAUUGGUUGGGGCAGUCAGAGCUCUAAAGUCCAGAUCCAUCAUAACACAUGGCUUCAUUUCCCUGGGCACAACAUGAGGUGGAUCCUCACCUUCUUGCUGCUAUUAGUCCACGUCUGUGAGUUUUCAGAAGGCAUCGUCUGCAACAUGGUGAUGGGUACCAACCACCUCCAUCUCUUCAUGCCAGCAUUCAUGGGUUUUGUAGCAGCCACAACAUCAGUCAUUUACUACCACAACAUAGAAACAUCCAACUUUCCCAAACUGCUGCUUGUCCUUUUCAUCUACUGGGUGCUGGCGUUCAUCACAAAGUCCAUAAAGUUGUGGAAGUUUGCCGAGGACAAAGAUGCAUCACAGUAUCUCAGGUUGUACAUCACUGCACUGUUAGUGAUCCUGUAUGGACUUCUGAUGGCCGUGGAGAUCAACGUCAUCAGAGUGAGGAAAUAUGUAUUCUUUGCCAACCCUCAGAAAGUUAAACCACCAGAAGAUUUACAGGAUUUGGGGGUUCGUUUUCUGCAGCCUUUUGUCAACCUGCUGUCAAAGGCGACAUAUUGGUGGAUGAAUCCUCUCAUUGUCGGAGCCCAUAAGAGGCCUAUAGAGCUGAAGAAGAUCGGCAAGCUGCCCAUCGCCAUGAGAGCCCUCACCAACUACCUGCGGCUUAAAGACGCCUAUGAGGAUCAGAGGACACCUGAGGACCCGGAUAGAUCUCCGUCGAUCUGGCGCUCCAUGUAUCGAGCGUUUGGCCGUCCCAUCCUGCUCAGCAGCACCUUCCGCUACUUGGCAGAUCUGCUAGGCUUUGCUGGGCCCCUCUGCAUCUCUGGGAUCGUUGAGCAGCUGAAUUGUGAAAAAGAUCCAGUAGGCAACAACACAAUGGACACCCAUUCAGACAACUACCUCAUGUCUUCCAGUGACCUUCUGGAGAACAGCUCCAUCCUGGCUGUUCUUCUCUUCCUGGCUUUAAUCCUGCAGAGAACCUUCCUUCAGGCCUCGUACUACGUCACCAUUGAAACAGGCAUCAACAUGCGGGGAGCUCUGCUGGCAAUGAUCUACAACAAAAUCCUGCGCCUAUCCACCUCCAACAUGUCAAUGGGGGAGAUGACGUUGGGGCAGAUCAACAACCUGGUUGCUAUAGAAACCAACCAGCUCAUGUGGUUCCUCUUCCUCUGCCCCAACCUGUGGGCCAUGCCCGUACAGAUUGUGAUGGGAAUAAUUCUGCUCCGUCACUUUAUGGGUUCGAGUGCCUUGGUAGGAGCGUCUGUCAUAGUUCUGCUGGCUCCGGUCCAGUACCUUAUAGCUACAAAGCUGGCAGACACACAGAAAAUCACACUGGAACACAGUACAGAUCGUGUUAAAAAGACCACUGAGAUCCUAAAGGGCAUAAAGUUGUUGAAGCUGUACGCCUGGGAGAACAUCUUCUGUGACAGUGUGGAGGAGACCAGAGGCAAAGAGCUCACCAGCCUCAGGACCUUCGCCUUCUACACAUCCAUGUCCAUUUUCAUGAAUGCUGCUAUUCCCAUUGCUGCGGUUCUAGCCACAUUUGUGACGUAUCACAUCCUUAAUGACAAAGGCCCCAGUCCUUCUCAGGCCUUUGCAGCUCUGUCGCUGUUCCACAUCCUGGUCACCCCGCUCUUCCUGCUUUCCACUGUUGUCAGAUUUGCUGUGAAGGCUCUGGUUAGUGUUCAGAAGCUUGGUGAGUUUCUUCAGAGUGAUGAAAUUGGAGACGACAGCUGGAGAAAUGGUGACAUAUCUGUUUCCUUCGAAGCUGGAAAGAAACACAUGGGGAUGACCAAAGCCAUCAACAGGAAGCAGCCAAUACGCUACCAGAUGGACAACUAUGAGCAGCCAACCAGGCGACAGAUGAGACCCUCGGAGACGGAGGAUGUAGCUGUAAAGGUCACGGGUGGAUCCUUCACCUGGGGAAAUAACCUGUUGACACUGUCGGACAUCAACAUCCGCAUCCCAACAGGUCAGCUGACAAUGAUCGUGGGCCAGGUGGGUUGUGGGAAAUCCUCCCUGCUGCUGGCCAUGCUUGGAGAAAUGCAAGCCAUCGAGGGGGGAGUCUACUGGAGCAACAAGAACAGAAACUCUGUUGCCUAUGCUGCCCAGAAGUCCUGGCUGCUCAACGCUACUGUGGAGGAAAACAUCACCUUCGGCAGUCCAUUCAACAAACAGCGGUACAAAGCAGUGAUUGACGCCUGCUCUCUGCAGCCAGACAUUGACCUGCUGCCAUUCGGAGACCAGACUGAGAUUGGAGAGAGAGGCAUCAACCUGAGUGGAGGGCAGAGGCAGAGAAUCUGUGUGGCCAGAGCUUUGUACCAAAACACCAACAUCGUCUUCUUGGAUGAUCCAUUCUCAGCACUCGACAUCCACCUCAGUGAUCAUUUGAUGCAGGAAGGAAUCCUUAAAUUUCUGCAGGAUGAUAAACGAACCGUGGUUCUCGUCACCCACAAACUGCAAUAUCUAAUACAUGCAGACUGGAUUAUAGCGAUGAAGGAUGGGACAGUCCUGCGAGAGGGAACUCUGAAGGACAUCCAGACUCAUGACGUUGAACUUUAUGACCACUGGAAAACCCUGAUGAACAGGCAGGAUCAAGAGCUGGAGAAGGACAUUCAGCAGGACAGUCAAACAACACUUGAGAGGAAGACGCUGAGGAGAGCUUUCUACUCCAGAGAGGCCAAGAACCAAAUAGAUGAUGAAGAUGAAGAAGAAGAAGCCGAGGAGGAGGACGAUGACAACUUUUCCACGACCACCAACAGAAGGUCAAAGAUCCCGUGGAAGGUGUGCUGGUGUUACCUGUCUUCUGGGGGGUUCUUCAUGGUCUUCCUCAUGAUUUUCUCUAAACUCCUGAAACACUCCGUCAUUGUAGCCAUCGAUUACUGGUUGGCUAACUGGACGUCGAAAAUCAGUAACAGUUCAGGAACAGACAUGUUUAAUGGAACCAGACCCACCACCAGUAGCAUGAACGGCACCAACACCACAGUGCAGGACUCCUACAGUCUGCUAGUGUUCAUCAUCUUAUGCGCGGCUGGAAUCACUUUAUGCCUCAUCACCUCCCUCACUGUGGAAUUUCUGGGUCUUUCUGCAGCCACCAACCUGCACCACAACCUCCUCAACAAGAUCAUUCACGCUCCCAUCAGGUUCUUUGACAUCACUCCUUUGGGGCAGAUCCUCAACAGAUUCUCAGCUGAUACCAACAUCAUCGACCAGCAUAUUCCUUCAACGCUGGAAUCUUUGACGAGAUCCACGCUGCUCUGUUUGUCAGGCAUCGGGGUCAUAGCCUCAAUCACUCCUAUUUUCCUGGUCGCCUUGGUUCCCCUGGCUGUGGCCUUCUACUUCAUUCAGAAAUAUUUCAGAGUCGCCUCCAAGGACCUCCAAGACCUCGAUGACUCAACACAGCUUCCUCUGCUCUGCCACUUCUCUGAGACUGCAGAAGGUCUCACCACCAUACGAGCUUUCAGACACGAGGCUCGUUUCAAACAGCGCAUGCUGGAGCUGACCGACACCAACAACACAGCGUACCUGUUUCUGUCUGCUGCCAACCGCUGGCUCGAGGUCAGAACGGACUACCUUGGAGCAGUGAUUGUACUGGCUGCGGCGGCGGCCUCAAUAUGGAGUUUCCAUUACGGGCUUCAUCCCGGAGGUCUGGUGGGCCUCGGCCUCACCUACGCCCUCACUGUCACUAACUACCUGAACUGGGUUGUGAGGAACCUGGCAGACCUGGAGGUUCAGAUGGCAGCUGUGAAGAAGGUCAACAGCUUCCUCAGCACAGAGUCGGAGAACUACGAGGGCUCUAUGGAUGCCUCUCAGGUCCCUGAGAACUGGCCCCAGGACGGUGAGAUAAAGAUCCAGGGCCUGUGUGUGCGCUACGACCCAAUGCUCAAACCAGUGCUCAAACACGUAAACGCAUACAUCAAACCAGGCCAGAAGGUGGGAAUCUGUGGCCGCACAGGCAGCGGGAAGUCUUCUCUGUCGUUGGCUUUUUUCAACAUGGUGGAUGUUUUUGAAGGAAAGAUCAUCAUAGAUGGGAUUGACAUCUGUAAGCUUCCUCUGCAGACUCUCAGGUCUCGACUCUCGAUCAUCCUCCAGGACCCGGUCUUAUUUAGUGGAUCAAUAAGGUUUAAUCUCGAUCCGGAGAAGAUGUGCACUGAUGAUCGACUCUGGGAGGCCCUAGAGAUCGCUCAGCUCAAGAACAUGGUGAAAGCUUUGCCUGGAGGACUAGACGCUGUCGUGACAGAAGGAGGAGAGAACUUCAGCGUUGGGCAGCGGCAGCUCUUCUGUUUGGCUAGAGCUUUCGUCAGAAAGAGCAGCAUCUUCAUCAUGGAUGAAGCCACAGCAUCUAUAGACAUGGCCACGGAGAACAUCUUACAGAAAGUCGUGAUGACGGCGUUUGCAGAUAGGACAGUCGUAACAAUCGCACACCGUGUCCACACCAUCCUAACAGCUGAUCUGGUCAUUGUGAUGAAGCGAGGCAACAUCAUGGAGUACGACAAACCUGAGACUCUUUUGGAGCAGGAGGACGGGAUGUUUGCCUCGUUUGUCAAAGCUGACAUGUAGGGACACGCGGGACCCAACGGCUGACAGCCUGCUCAGUUUCUUGGUUUCUUUUUGUUUUUGUUUUUUUAACCUGAAUUAUUUUCUUGAUGAGGUGAACAGCCCUCUGAGAGACUACAGCACUGCGGGGAAGCCGGUAACAUACUGUUUCUGCAAGAAGAAGCUUCCCUGUGCACUCACCAAAAGGAGACGGGGUCAACUGUCAGUCAGUGGGUUUAAAAGCCAUACUAAAGAAUGAGUCCAUCGAUUGGUCUAUCCCGUUUUAUUUUGUUUGAAUUUAUCAAAACCCAAUAACACAAACCACGACAUUACCAGUAUUCUGACUGGAAAGCUCAUAGUAAUAAUAAAGAUAUAUCUUAUAUGUGAUGGAUGGCUAAUGCAAACUACAAAUGAAUAUAUUUUCUCACUUGUCUCAUAGAAAAUCUAAAGAUAUUUUUCCACCUUUCAAGAUUUUUUCAAGAUCUCCCUUCUAAACAAGAAGAUAAGCAAUAAAUAUAAUGCUUGCGGAGCUCACAGUAUUAAAACAGGCAGCCAGGCAGAUCUUACCUGUGCUCUAAGACUAAGAAUAGUGAGAACAGUUACUAGUUAAUAAAGAACUGAUAAAAAGCAAACAAAUUAAAGGUCAUCAAGCAAAGUUAUUUCAUUUCUUAUUGCCAGUAAAUCCCACGAAUGACCAAACCUACUAUAAAAUAUGUACUCAAAACAUACUAAAUAAUGCAACCACAAAUACAAAAAAAGCAAUAGAGUCUUAAAAACUGCAGUUGUGACCACUUGAUGCUGGCUUCAAAAAAUCUACACAGAUCCUGUGUUAAAAUGUCUAAAUUUACAAAAAAAACAUGUUGAUAAAGCAUCUAUCCCAGAUCGGUGCCUGCAGUUGCUGAAAAUUGGCCACAAAGAGGUGUACGGAGCUGCACUGACAACCGCUGUGGUUGCUUUGGUCUGUAGCAGAUUGCUGCAGUUGCAGGUUGUGCAGCAGUCAAACUGUGAGGAAUGCGAUGAAGACUGCAAAUGACGACUGUUCACCUUCAAAGUAAAAGUUGUUCCUUUUGUUGGUUUUGGCAGGACAAGUCAACAUUUGCAAUGCAAAUCUUCAAUUCUAGUGACAAAACAAAUGAAUCAGGGGCAACUUGGAGUUCAGCAUCUCGCUCACUUUUGACAUGCAGACUGGAUGAGCCACGAAUCAAACUUACCAACCUUUUGAUUGGUGGACAACCUGCUCCUCCUCCUGAGCUAAAGUUGGCCACAUGAUAGGUGUCUAGGACUAUACGACCCAUUUAAAUUGUAUAUAUGUUUAAAGUUAGGCAUUACUAGAACUAGAACUAGACAUCUCACCCAUGUUUAUGGCAUUGGCGUCUUUUGGAUCUGAUUUUUCUAGGUUUGUAUUAAACUUGUGGAUGCACUUUUCUAACCAAGCUAAUAAGCACUAGCUGAUAGCUUUUGGCUCCAUAAAAAUAAUGCUAAAGCCAUGACAUCAUGGUUGUUAUAACUACCAUAUUUAUAUAAAAUCUCUCUGAGAACACCGAAUAUGGAUUACCUGCCUUAACAAAUGCACUGUUACCUCUUUUUAACACAUUUUUACACCGUUUUAAAUGGAUUUGAAAGGUUUUCUUUAACAGAGUUCCUGGGAGUUGAGGGACGCCAUAGUAUUAAGACAGAGGCUAAUAUUAGUUGGUCUAUUCAUGGGAUUUGUAGACAGUAAGAAAUACAUUCAGUUUAUUAAAUAGAAAUUAUGGCUUUGAGAUUUCAUUUCAGGCGUUGAGGCUGUGAAAAGUGUAAAAUGUAAAGAUUUAAUAGUUGGAGAGUGAACAGAAGUGUUGUUUCAUAUUAAUAGAAUUUUUACAGUCUUUAAUUAUCUUGUGUAAAAAAUUUGUUACUUUUUAGAUCAUGCACCACCUCUAUUUAUACUGACUAGCACCUGUAUUAUGCAAUAAUAAUGAUGGAAGAUUUUUUAAAUGUAUUUAAAAUCCUUUUUAAAAAUGACUGUUGGCUCUUUGGCCAUUUUUUUUCCAAAUAACACAGUGGAAGGAUUUUAAAUCGACCCUUUUGUAUUCUACGCUACUUUUUGACUUUAAGUUCUGCCAUAGAGGUAACACUGAUAGAAAUGACAAAGCUGAUGGAAUCAUAUGGUUUUAUUAACCAGUUUAAGGAUGCAUUUAUAAUGAUAAAUAACAGAGCUGAUUGUUGUGGCCCUUCUUUGACUGAACAUGUGUUGCCAUUUUUCACAUGAAAUGCCAAAAAUGAGAUGUCACAAAAUACCAACAGGAGUUUCCAAAGUGAAAGCUGGAUCUUCUAUUUUUGGCCUACUUUUCCUUCCUCCCUGUUCUAUCAGUUGUACGUCUAUGCCUCCAUUAGUACAAACACUGUAAGGUGUCACGGCUCGGCCUGCAGCCGGUGAACCUGCUGUCUGUCUGCGGUCAUGCUUUGCUGAACUUUUUAUCCUCGGGGACAAUAGAUACCCAGCGUGGCUCCCGUUAACUCCAGAGAUCCUUCAUGGAUGUUUGAGAGGGUAGUGAUGUCUUUUCUUUUUUUUCUUUUUUUACUGAGGAAGAGCAGUAACUAGCAGUAACUUAAUAAUACUGUUAAUCAAUUCUAGGGGCUGAAAUUUAGAGCUGCAUCUCUAUUUCUGACAUUAAUAAUGAAAGAUUCGUAAUGAAUUGGAUGAAACCAAAUUAGAGCCCAUAGGAGAGACUGAAUUUUAGACUUGCAUUCACAAGAUGAACAUAAAGAUGAGUCCAUCUAAUAAAAAAGAGCUUUUGCAUAUGGGAGCUGCUCCCAUCUCUUUGAUGGGAUGAUAUCAAGACAUGUUUUUAGCCAGUAGUAAAAUAAUGAAACUUUAACACAUGAUCACUGUUUUUAUCAAACUGAUUGGAUUCUUCUUGGAAGUCCUAGCUAACACUUUUAGUUUUAUGUGCAAUGGAUUGUGUAAUAGGUUUAGAUUUAAUGUUUUCAUGUAGCUUUGUUUAAAGCAUCGAUUAAACUAGGAGAGUGCAUUUUCUGCUGGAAAUCCUAUUAGAGGCAGACACUUUGUCUCUGCAUGCAGAGUUAUGAAGGCAUUUUACAUGUAUAUUCAUAACCACAAGCCACCUUUAAAAAGUGAAAAAUGAACAUUUGAUAUAUAAUUUCUUUCAUCUGUACAAAAAAGUUGUAAUGUUGGCUAACUGACAUCCUAAAAAAGCUUAUUGAUGGGUUCUCGCUCGGCAUGUGUAAUUCAACUAAUGUGGAUCAGGUCUCAUAAAAUUUAAACUAUAGGAUGAUGUUGUGAGCUGUUGUACAUGUGUAAAUGUUAUUUUAGUCCAUUGCUAGGUGGUUGCUAGGCAACGUAAUGGCAUCACAAUAUCUGACAUAGAUAAGAACCUUCGGGGGCCGGAGAUGCACCUGUGAGCCAAGUUUGUCUGCCUGACUUCUGAUGCUCUGGGAGGGGUUUGUGGACAAAGAAUCAAACAUGCAGACAGAGAUGCCAGAGUCCCUUCUUUUGCAUUGAAAGAAAAAUAUUUGGGAGACAGUAUCUCAUAAUUAUGACUGUUAUCUCCCAGAUAAAAGAAAACUUCUCAUCAUCGCAAGAUAAUGUACAAUAAUAGAUAAAUGCAACAGAAACGUGCCUGACAAUGUUCACACUGUGCACUGGGACAGGAAAUGGAACCACUUCAUAAUAUGCUUGGGAACUGUCGUGUUUUUAAUCAUUUUGAGAUUUAAUAAGCAACUUAGUGAUGGUUAUUGCAUCUGUUGGUUUCAAAUAAUAGAGAGUCAAGAUUCUUUGUAACUGUCAUUACAAUGCAAGUUUUCAUAUAAAAACAGAAGUCGUCCCUUUCUGUAGUUAAAAACACACACGCAACAUGCAUAUCAAUGAAUUAAUAGGCUAUUAAGCAAAACUAAAGAGGCUAUUAAGCAAAAGAAAAGGGUAAUAAGUUUUUUGAAUAUUUAAAAUGUCAUAAAUAUAAAUGUUAUCCAAAGGAAACAAGCUCAUUGCAAUCACUUUGCGCUGCCACUCCUGUGCUCUCAAACAUAAAAAUGACUGACCAACACUUUACGGAUCUCAAAUUAAGUGAUAAUAAAUCAUACAUGUGAGCCAAGGUCUCAGCUUUUGGGUGAUAUUUUCAGCGCACAGCAAUUGACAAUAUGUAGUUACAGCUCAGCAUUCAGUGCAUUUCUUUAGAAUAUCUUUUCCAAUCUCUCUGGGAGCGGUGCUAUUGUCCCUUUGUAUUAUUGUAUAUUAAUCAGACUUACUUUGCUUUUGGACUAAAUUUUGAAACUUUGUACUGUACAGUGUUGAAUGCCAAACAUGAUUUUUCAGCCUUUUCUUGUUUAAAUAAUCUUAUGUUUCAUCUCAAGAAGUUGUCACUUAAGCUUUUGAACUUUGUGGUUUCUCAUUUUACAACUUGUUUUAAUAUAUAUAACACACACGAGGAUUACCAUCACACUUGGUGAUCACAAGCUUCGCCUGCACUUUUCUUUCCCCUGACAGCUUUAACUGUAACACUGAAUGUCUUUGUUGUUUUAUAGCUUUAUAUUCUGUCCCUGCAGUUCUUCCAAGUCCUCGUCCGUCUCCUCUGUUAGCGAUCGAGUACUCUUCCUCUUCUUUGAUCCUCGUUCAGCUGCACUUUUUAUGCUCUUGGCCACCGUCACACUCAUAAAUCCUUUGUUUUCCUUGCUGUGCUUCGAUGCUGCUCCUGUUCUGAACCUGCACACGGCUGCCUUGUAAACUCAUCCUCUCACACCCCAAACCACUUUUUGUCUUUGAAGCUGACAUUUUACACCAAGAGCAAAAAAGCAGCGGUCCCAUUUUUCCACGUUACACUUUGCACAGGUUUUUUCACUCAAAGAAUGUCUCUUUUCGAUCAGGUGUCACGUGUGUUUUAGUUUUUGGGAACAAACAAGUACAUAAAAACAGCAAACAGCGGGUGGAAAUGCGAGGGGACUGCAUGUAACUCAUUGUUGCAGAGAGCUUUACUUGCGUUCAUGAAGUUGACUGUUAACAGAGUGCAUCUUAAAUACUGACAUCGUUCUCACAGAUCAGUUUGGAGAUGGUCAUUUUUUUCUAUAUGUACAUUCUGUAUGUAGUAGCCUGUAUAUCCAAGGGUUUAAACAUAUAUAUAUAUAUAUUAAACUGCUAUUAUUA